AUGUUAAAAUUGGAGAACUUCAAAUAAACAUCAUUCAAGUAACCAAUAAUCAACAGCCCUCGGUCUAUUGAGGCUUGCCGUUUAUGUGGAAUUUUACCCGAGGAACUAAUUUCAAUUGGUAUAAAGGAACUCAAAAGGAGGAAUCCAGAAUUGCGAUUGAAUAAGUAAGGAUGGGAGAUUAUGUGGUAACAUCAUGAAAUAAGAAGAUAAGAGAAACUAAAGGCUUGUCUUGAGGCAAGAUAGUAAUUAAUUGAUGCAGGAUUUAAUUUCAAUAAUUAAGAAGAGGAAUAAUAAGUUGAGGAAAACUCAGAUCAAUUAUAAGUUAGUCAAAACUAAUAGGAAUUAGAGAAAAUCUAAUGGAGACAAUAAAAAGAGAUCCAAUAAAUGCUGGAGCAUGAAAGAAAGUAAUAAGAGAUUAGGGAAAGAAAUGAGUCAAAGUAACGAUAGAUGCAAGAGAGAUAAUAGAGAAGAGAGGAUUAAUUGAGGUAGAGUAGAGUAAAGUAAGAAUAUGAUAGAGUAUAAAGAGAGAGAGACAGAUAACUAAAAUAGUAACGGGAAGAAUAAAAAUUAAAAAAAUUUGCUAAAUAACAAUAUAAAAAAGAAUUACACAGAGUUCAAUUAGAAUAAUUAAGAUAGAAAAAAUUACAAUAGGAGUAUAGAAAAAGAGAGGAGGAGAGGAAGUAGAGACAAUAAUUAUUUAAAGAUUAAAUGCAAGAAAUAUAAUUGAGACAUGAAAUGGAAUUGUAGGUUAAGAGACAAAUUAUGGAAAUGAAAGAUAGAGAGAGAUUAGAAAAGCAGGAAUAAUCAAGGUAGGAGAAAAUUCAGGCUUCUUAAUAGGCCUAAUUUGAAUUGAAAUUUAAAUUACAGGCUGCAAAAUAGCUUUAAAUGGAAAAAUUAGAAAGAUUGAGAGAAUAAUUUGAUGAAAAAUAAAGAAAAAUAGAGGAGAGAAGAUCAGAAUUUGAGAGAUAGAAAGAAUAGAAAAUAAUCGAAAAUUAUAUUAAUGCUUAGCAACAUUAAGAUAAAAUGAGACAAGUUAUUGAAAAAGUGCAAAAUUAGGAAGAACAAAAAUAUUAUGAUUAUUAACAGAAAUAGGAAAUUGUAAAUUAAAGAAAAAAGCAAUUAGAAUUUGAAAAAAUAAAGGAUUAUUUGAUUAAAAGAUAACAACAAGAGGAGAAGGAAUAGCAUAGAAUUGAUGCAAUUUAGAAUGCUGCAAAAAAUCAAUAAGUCAGAGCCAUGGAAUUAAACAAUAGAUUAAUAGAAAAAGAAUAAAUGCUUUUAGAAAAGUAAAUGGAAAAGUAAUAACUUUAAGAACAAAUUAAAUUAUAAGAAAUUCUAAAAAUGAAAGAUAAAAAGGAAGCUUUGGAACGAUUGUAGAGAAAACAAGAGUAUGAAAAAGAAAUUUUAAGAUAAAAAAUAGAAGAGAAAAUGAGAAGAACUGAAAAUCUACAAUUAUAAAAGAGCAGAGUCUUGGAGUAAAGAUUGUAUAUGAAGCAAAUAGCCAAUUUGUAAAAAGAAGAAUUAAAGAAUCAGUUUGAAUUAAUUAAAUAAGGGAAAAUUGAUCUACUGUAAUCUUCUCUUCCUAACGAUUCCCAACAAUAAGGAUCUCGUCAAAUAGAGGAUCAUCCCAUUUCAAGUUAAAAAAAAGGAAGACCCUAAACCGCACUUCCGAAUAAAAAAACAGAAAUUUAAAGACCAAAAUCUGCGCUUACUAAGAAGGUAUAAAAUGAAGAAAAAAAAGUAAUGAAAAUAAUUGAUGAUCCUUAAAAAGAGUAUGAUUUAGAAUUAUUGGAAUAAUAAUAAUAAGAAGAAAUGAUUAAUGUAUUUAAGUUAACUUAGUUUUAGCUUUUGGAAAAUGAGCAAAGAUUAGAAUAAGAAAGAGAGAAAUAACUAUAUUAAGUAGAGAACAAGCAAGAAUAGAUAAGAUUAGAAAAAAUAUUUUAGAUUGAAAGAACUUAAGCAUAAAAAAGAAUACUUGAUUUAUAGGAGGAACAUAAAAACUAAAUAGAAGAAUUUAUGUCUAAUUGA